AUGAUUAGUACUAGUGUGCAACAGAGUGCCGAUAUGAUGCAUCUGGAGCAGCAUCAUCUGCAAAUGAAGCCGCAGAGUCCAUCCUCAUCAAGCAGGAUUUUGGACAUUCCCUGCAAAGUCUGUGGAGAUUUCUCUUCAGGCAAACACUACAACAUUUUCGCUUGCGAUGGCUGCGCGGGAUUUUUCAAAAGGUCCAUCCGAAGGAACCGACAGUACGUCUGCAAGGCAAAAGACGAAGGAUCCUGCGUCAUCGACAAAACCCACAGGAAUCAAUGCAGAGCUUGCAGACUGCAGAAAUGCCAGGAAGCAGGAAUGAACAAAGAUGCAGUGCAGCAUGAAAGGGGACCACGCAAUUCUACGCUAAGAAGGCAACAAAUGUCCAACUAUUUCAACGAAGCCAGAGAGCGGAUGAUGGUAUCACCACCUUCCGGUGCUUUGAACUUGGCCAUUCCCAAACCUUCUUCAUCACCUGUUAUGGAAAGUCGAUUCCCGUUUCUUCCACCAGCAGGAUUCCUGUGCAAUACAAUAAUAAACAUGCCAAGGCUUCCAGUACCAGUUCCUGCAAUGAUGACAACUACACCAUCGCUUCUCGACCCAGCAGUUAUCUGCGAGGCUGCAGCUAGGCUUCUGUUAAUGAACGUCAAAUGGGCCCGAAGUAUCCCAUCCUUCACAACUCUGCUCUUCUCGGACCAGCUGAUCCUCUUGGAAGAAAGCUGGAGAGAGCUCUUCAUCCUUGGCGCUGUCCAGUUUCUUCCGAUCAGCAACCUGGCAAGACUGGUAGCAGAGUGUGGUGUGCUAGAGAGACUCGGAAACCACGGAGCCUUCUUACAAACCGUGCAAGACUUCCAAGACUUGCUCAUCAAUCUCAGGCAGCUAGGCAUGGACCUGCAGGAGUUCGCUUGCUUGAGAGCCAUUGUCUUGUUCAAAACUUCCUUCGAAAAGGCGUCUGGUUCUUCUCCUAUACAAGCGGAGAGCAAGGUGCUGAAUGAUCCUGGAAAGAUAGCAGCUAUCCAGGAUGAGACGCAGCUGAUGCUGAACAAGUACAUCAGCACAGCUCAUCCAGGGCAGCCACUGAGGUUCGGCAAGCUGUUGUUGUUACUGCCGACGCUGAGGAAUGUACCUGGAGAGACCAUAGAAGAACUGUUCUUCAGAAGAACGAUUGGGAAUAUUCCGAUAGUGAGGAUCAUCUGCGACAUGUACAAAUCCCAAGCAGCUCUUUGAGGA